CAAACAUAUUAACUCUCUACACUUUACUUUCAUUUUUGAAUUUUCAUUCUCUCAUUCUUAAAAAUCAUCAGGACAAAUUUAUAUAUAUAUAUAUAUAUAAGAUUCUCGUUUCAAAUCAAAGAAGAUAAAUUCAAGAAUUGGAAGCACAGAAAAACAAAUAAAUAUUUAAUUCAAUAUGCCCAUUUUAAAAUCUUGCUUAUUUUGCCUUUCUCCAAGGACUGGAAGUAUGUUGUUUGCAAUUCUCAGCAUGAUUAUUUCCAUGAUUACAGCCUGUAUCGGAAUAUACGAUUUGGCGAUCAUUUACGCGAAAACCCGAUCCUUUAUUUUUAAGCGUCCCAAAUUUGAUUGGGCAAUCAUAAUUUUCUCCAUGUUCGGGAUUACCGCAUCAUUAUUAUUGAUAAGUGGCGUUAGACAGAUUUAUGGUUUGCUCUGCGUCAUAUCUCAUUACCAAGAGCUAGGGUUAGGGGGUUGAAAAGGAUAAAGGAACGAUAUUUUGGAAAAUGAUGCAAUCAACAUCUAUUCUAUAAGGAUACCUACAAACUAUUUCAGCACAAACCUACACACAUACAUACAUACAAAUGGCGGUAAAUUCGUCCCAAUUUUUAAAUUACUUAGAACUUUUAAAUAUAUCGUUAUUGAUAUCCAAUGAACCCACAGACAGUCUAAAUGAAACCAAGCAUCAGGAAUUUAUUUUGCUGAACAGGGUGAGGUUUGUGGUGCAAAAAAUAUGCUUACCCAUAAUAUUAGCCAUGGGCAUUCCAGGGAACUUAUGUACUCUCCUAAUAUUAUCGCGUAAACACAUGAAAUCCUCCACAAACUUUUAUUUGGCUUCCCUGGCAUUUUCAGAUAUGUUUUAUCUCUCGUUUCAUUUCCUUCUCAGCUUUCAACAUUACGAUACUAUUAGGGGCAAUUAUUGGUAUAUGCAGUAUUUGAUAGGGGGCUACUCCCUCGCGGAUAUCUUCAGUAAUGCCUCGGUUUGGAUAGUCGUCUCAUUUACCAUAGAACGAUUCGUAGUAGUGAGUAACCCUAUCGAGGGUAAAAUUUUCUGCACGCUUGAGAAAGCUAAAUGUGUGGUUCUCGCAGUUUUUCUGAUAUCAAUUGGCGGGACUUUUCCCACAUUUUUUGAAAGAAGAGUCGAUAGCGUCUACGCGAAAGAUGAUUCCAUAGAAUCAUCUUUCCUUAAUACGACAUCUUUAUUUAGUCAAAAUAAUCUCGUUUAUGUGAAGAUCCCUGCAAAUACUUCGAAACUUUUACAUACCGUACAGGAAACUAUGCUCAAAGGAGCGACCAAUCCAACCCCAAUACGUGUCAAAAAAUAUUUUCUAAGCGACACUCCUCUUUACUUGAACGAAACUUAUCAGAGGGGGUAUUUCUGGUUUACGAGCGUAUUUUUCUGUUUUUUCCCGCUGACACUUAUUCUCAUAUUUAAUUCAUUAUUAAUUAUAUGGAUACGCAAAUUUGCCGGUAUCCAAAGAAAGUUGACCAAGACUUGGAACGGCAAUAGUAGUAUUUCUCGUAGUAAAAGGAAUAUAGCUGAGACACGAAUAACUUACAUGCUCAUUGUAGUAGUCAUAAUCUUCACGUUUUGUCAUUUACCCUCGGCUAUACUCUUGGUAGCUUUCCAACUUAAACCCGAGACACAAGAAUCGGUUAUCUGGAGACUGUGCAAUAAUUUUGCCAAUUUACUUAUGGCAGUUCAUGCUUGUCUCAAUUUCGUUUUAUAUUGCUUGCUAAACAAAAAAUUCAGGAAAACGUUCACCGGAAUUUUUUUACCUUGCUUUAAGCUAUAUCAACGAGAUGCUUGGACGAACUUUUUUUCAACAGGUACGCGUAUAAUCAAGACACUCUUCUCCAGCAAGCUAACGAAUUUUAAAAGAAAGGGUAGCAUUUACGAUUUAAGUUCAAGAAAGGGCAACUCUACAGCUUACACCGAAUGCCAAGAUUCUAAUGAAAAAUCGGUAAAACUGAAGGAUUUUAAGAGUAAUGAAUAUAUCGAUACACACACCCCUUGUCAGAGAUAUUAAGUAUAUUGGCAAUAAAAGUGUGAGUUUCAAUUCAAAAUGAAUUUUUUGUGGUACAAGGAAGGUAAGA